ACGUCAGGCGCGGUAGUCGCCAUUUUGAAGCGGUGAAGUCGGGCGGACAGGGGCGCACCGUGGGGAAGUCGCCGGUAUCGGUCGCUGCUCUCUCUCCCCUCCGAGCUGCUACAAUGUCGGAGAAGUACGAAGGGGACGUGCAUUUCGAGGAGACUGGCGAGGAGAAGCAGGACUCCCAGGAGAAGGAGGCGGUGACGCCGGAGAAAGCGGAGGAGCAGAAGCUGAAGGCCAAGUACCCCAACCUGGGGCAGAAGCCGGGGGGGUCGGACUUCCUGAUGAAGAGAAUGCAGAAAGGGCAAAAGUACUUUGACUCGGGCGACUACAACAUGGCCAAGGCCAAGAUGAAGAACAAGCAGCUGCCCAGCGCCGGGCCGGAUAAAAACCUUGUAACCGGUGACCACAUCCCCACGCCGCAGGACCUUCCACAGAGGAAAUCUUCACUGGUUACCAGCAAGCUAGCAGGGUAGCCAGCCUCCCCGCACUGGACAUGCCCGCACUUCACUGUACCAUAGAUGGCUGGACUCUCGCAUAGACGCGUCACCUUGUCGGCGCUGGAAGGGCCGGUGCCUCAUUGUCUCCCCAAUGCCACACUGGCCGUUCCUGACCGUGACCGAGAUAAGCUAAGAUGGCUUUGGAAGCGAGGCCCCAAGACGCCGCGCAACUAGACCUUUCCACGGGCUUAAUGGACAAUGUGUGACGAGUUCUCGGUGCAGGAGACACCUGACUGUUGUUAUAUAGUGUAAGAUAUAUCUGAGUUUUGCAUUCCUUUGUGUGUGUGAGUGUGUGAGACACAGGCAUGCCAGAGACUUGUCACAUCGGCCAUACCAUACUUCCCGGGACGUGUCGAGGUGGGUCACAAGGCCCACCUCGACAACUUGGCUGCGGUGUAAGCUAAACCUUCUCCGCCAUAUUUGUGGGUCACUAGGGAUGUCGGCGGAUGCGACGAGAACCCCCCCCCCCCUUCCCCCCCCACCGCCCUUCGGCUUUGUCUGUAUCUCUCUGUGCAAAUGGUACAUUGUGAUGAGCCUGUAUCUUUGCCCUGGUUUCUAAUGCCACACUGAUUUCCAAAGUAAAACUGACAUGUUCACAGUUUUAAAAUAUAACCUGUGGUGGUCCUAAA